AUGACAACAGAGACACGACCACGGAUGACCUCGAUUCCGGGCUCGUUCUGUGGGGUGACCACACUGGACGAGGAUGUGCUGAUUAACGAACAAGGCCACUUGAGAAACAGAGAACCCAAACAUCGAGAAAAACAGUCCACAUCUGUAAAUUUAGCCAGUAACGAGGUCGUCAGACGGUUUGCUUUGUCAGAGAACACGUAG